UUAGGAAGGUCCUGAUUGGCUGUCCGGAGGCUCGGGGGCGGGAGCUGCGCCCGGAGUAAUGGCGGCGGCGUCUCCGUCGUCGGAGGCGGCGGCGGCGGGGCCGGUCCUGGCGAGGGCUGAGGCGGCUGCCGCGGGGAUGACCGGACGCCAAGGCCCCGGAGGCGGAGCAGGAGAGCCGGCGAAGGCGCAGGGGGAGCCGGCGGAGGCGGAGGCGGCGGCGGGGUCCGGGCGGAGGCGAGGCGGUCCGGCGGAGGCCGAGGGGGCCCCCGGCAGAGGCGGCGGAGGCCGAGGCGGCGGUCGUCGUCUGUAGGCGGCGCCAUGGAGCGGGAGACGCCGAGGCGGGCGCCGGGCGGAAGGGAGGCCCAGGCCGGGUGGGCCGCCGCUGCCUUGCUGGGCCGGGAGAGGCAGGCGCGGGAGUACUGCCCCGGGGUGAACAACCAGCCCUACGUGUGCGAGACGGGCCACUGCUGCGGGGAGACGGGCUGCUGCAUCUACUACUAUGAGCUCUGGUGGUUCUGGCUUCUCUGGACGGUGCUGUUCCUCUUUGGCUGCUGCUGUGCCUAUCGGCACCGCCGGGCCAAACUGCGCUUGCAGCAGCAGCAGCGCCAGCGGGAGAUCAACCUCAUCGCCUACCACGGUGCCUGCAACUACCCCCCGUCCAUGAUGGACCUCAGGAUGCUGGCUUCCUUCAAGCUCCCUGCCUACGAGGAGGUGGCCCACCGCCCGACCACCCCGCCGCCCCCCUACAGUGCCAUCCUUGGGGGCUCUGCCAGCCGCCGGGGCUCCAGCACCUUGACUCUGACAGGCAGCUCUGAGAACUACACCAGCUGUUCGUGUGAGUCCAGCUGCCUGACCUCUCCCAGCAGCACCUCCCUCUCGGCCACAGAAGCCAGCACGCCCAGCGAGGUGGGAGAAGCAGAGAUGGACGGGGCAGGGGGCUGCAGUAGCAGCACAGUGGGCAGCUGGGAGCUGACCAGCCAGGUGGACACUGGCCCCACGGCCCCGCUCCCCAGGCACACACUCUUCUCCUCCAACGUGGAGCUCUUUGAAGGGGAUCCACAGCAGGGCUCCGACAGUGAGGAAGGGCUGGAGCCCAUGGAGGAGGGAGAGCAUUCCAGGCACCGCCGCCUCACGGGGGACUCUGGGAUUGAGAUGGGACGUGGCCAGGAGGAAGAGGAGGAGGAAGAAGAGGCUGCCCGCCUGCUUGAAAAGGGGGGGACAUGCUCUCCCUCCAACGCCGAGGCCCGGAGCCUGUGUGGGGGAGUGGCCGAAGGGGGCCCAGAGGAACUGGCCCCCUUCUCCUCCUCACCUACGCUGCCUGUGUGAGGGGACUAGUCCCGCUUGGCUGACUGCCCCUCCAGCUUCACGGGGCUGCCCACCCAUCUGGUCACCUCAGAGACUCAGCCAUAGCUGCCUGAGUGCCAGGCAGCCCAGCGUAGCGAGCAAGGGCUUGUACCCGCUGCAGUUCACUGUGGAAAAUUUCCGCCUUAGCACCGACACUGCCCUCCGUUGCAGGCUCUCACACUCUCCCUCCCUCCCCGGCUUACACAGUGUGUCACGCUCCGUCCCUCCAGCUUUGUGACCAAAGGUCUGCUCCCCCUUCCUCCCCCACAGAUGUUUGGGUGCUGGCUUGGGAGCCCAUGGUGGACUUGGGGCCCCAGAGCCCUGUGGGUCUGGGAGGGCAGGUGUGUGCGGGGGAGCUAUCUAUCUGCUGGACCAUAACUACCGUAGCAGCUCUCUGUGUGUGCGCGUAUGUGUGUGCGUCUCCUGCUGCGCUCCAUAGCCUUUGGUGCGAGGUGUAGCUCUUGUCAUGGGGGCUGAUUCCCCCGCCUGGCCCGCCUGCCCCCCGAGCAUUUGCACUGGGCUUGGGCUUGGCUGGUUACGUGAGUGAGGGGUUCGUGUGGAGUCCGGUCUCCCCAUCCCUGGUCCCACCGGACGGGGCUGGGGAUGUGGGGAGCUGGCCUUCCCCUUUCGGGCUGCUUGAUGCAGCUUGGUUGAUCCAUGCCCUGCCCACGCCUGGUAGCCUUUGGAGUGGGGAUGCUCCUUGCCUCUGCUCUUGGGGCCAGCGGUACAUGCUUACUAUUAAAGAGAUGUGGAAAGUC